AUGCAGAUCUUCGUCAAGACUUUGACCGGAAAGACUAUCACCCUUGAGGUGGAGUCGUCGGAUACCAUCGAUAAUGUCAAGUCGAAGAUUCAGGACAAGGAGGGCAUUCCGCCCGACCAGCAGCGCCUAAUUUUCGCCGGCAAGCAGCUUGAGGAUGGCCGUACUCUUUCUGAUUACAACAUCCAGAAGGAGUCCACUCUCCACCUUGUCCUUCGCCUCCGCGGCGGCAUGCAGAUUUUCGUCAAGACCCUCACCGGCAAGACCAUCACCCUCGAGGUGGAGUCCUCGGAUACUAUCGACAAUGUAAAGUCGAAGAUUCAGGACAAGGAGGGCAUCCCCCCGGACCAGCAACGUCUCAUCUUCGCCGGCAAGCAACUCGAGGACGGCCGCACCCUCUCCGACUACAACAUUCAGAAGGAGUCCACCUUGCACCUGGUCCUCCGUCUGCGUGGCGGUAUGCAGAUUUUCGUCAAGACCCUGACUGGCAAGACGAUUACGUUGGAGGUGGAGUCUUCAGACACCAUCGACAACGUGAAGUCGAAGAUCCAGGACAAGGAGGGUAUUCCACCCGACCAACAGCGUCUCAUCUUCGCUGGCAAGCAAUUGGAAGAUGGUCGGACUUUGUCUGACUACAACAUUCAAAAGGAGAGCACCCUGCACUUGGUUCUCCGGCUCCGUGGCGGUAUGCAGAUCUUCGUCAAGACACUUACGGGCAAGACAAUCACGCUCGAAGUAGAAUCUUCGGACACGAUCGACAACGUCAAGUCCAAGAUUCAGGACAAAGAGGGUAUCCCGCCUGAUCAGCAGCGGUUGAUCUUUGCCGGCAAGCAGUUGGAGGAUGGUCGGACUUUAUCCGACUACAAUAUCCAGAAGGAGAGCACCCUCCACUUGGUGCUGCGUCUCCGUGGUGGCCAGUAA